AUGACGCAACUGCAUAAGGUUAUAGGAGAUCUUGCUCUACUUGUUGUUUGUACUGAUUCUUGUAAAGGGUUAGAAAAUGCAGUGAAGCAUAUUUUCCCUAAUGCUGAACAGAGGGAAUGUUUUAGGCAUCUUAUGGAGAACUUUAUCAAGAGAUACAGUGGUGGAGAACAUAUGUUUCCUGCAGCAAGGGCAUAUAAGAAAGAAGUGUUUGAGCAGCACAUGUCCACAGUUUUGUCAUCUAAUCCUGAUGUGUUCCAGUGGAUAAAAAAUUGGCAUUCACUAAAGUGGAUGAGAUGUGCAUUCAACCCAGUCAUCAAGUGUGAUUAUGUCACCAACAAUGUAGAUGAGAGUUCCAAUAACUGGAUUAGAGAUAUAAAGGACCUCCUUGUUAUUGAGCUUGCUAACAAGCUGAGGGAGAUGAUUAUGGUUCUAUGGCACAAGAGGAGAAGGAUUGGAGAGAGGCUCAUUAGGAAGAUACUACCAGUUGUCCUACAUGUCUUGAAGGCAAGAACUAGAGGGCUAGAUCACUUGUCAGUUGUGAAAGGUGAUAAUUAUGUUGUAGAGGUGUGGGACAAUAGUAACUGUCAUGCCAAGCAUGUUGUUAAGGCAUACUUGCAUGAGUGUUCAUGUGAAGAAUGGCAGCACACUGGUAAGCCUUGUUAG